GUAGCAUUCAUUGUAUUAUUCUUUCACAAUUGAUGGCUAACUUAAAAAUGAAAUGGAUACAUAAUUGACUGGUUGAUUCGAUUCGAUUCAACAAAUACUAUUAUGUACUUACUACAUCAAAAAAGUAGGCUGCUGACAAAUUACAAGUACACUCUCCAACUUUUCAACCAAAUACAACUCUCUUUUUCUUCUAUAUAUGAACAACAACAACAACAACAAUAUUGCAUUCCAAAAACACAACAAUUAUCCUUUUUCUCAAGAACUAAGGAACAAUUCAUUUGUGAAACAAAAAUGAGUGAUUUGAAGUCGAAGUUUUUGGAGGUUUAUGCAGUAUUAAAAUCUGAGCUUCUUAAUGAUCCUGAUUUUGAGUUUACUGAUGAUGCUCGUCAAUGGGUUGAACAGAUGUUGGACUACAAUGUACCUGGAGGAAAACUGAAUCGGGGGCUCUCUGUUAUAGAUAGUUACAGUUUGUUGAAAGAGGGGAAAGAACUAACCAGUGAUGAAAUCUUUCAAGCGUCUUCCCUUGGCUGGUGCAUUGAAUGGCUUCAAGCAUAUUUCCUUGUUCUUGAUGAUAUAAUGGAUGGCUCUCAUACACGCCGAGGUCAACCAUGCUGGUUCAGAUUACCCAAGGUAGGCAUGAUUGCUGCUAAUGAUGGCAUACUUCUUCGCAACCACAUCCCAAGAAUUCUGAAGAACCACUUCAAAGGAAAGCCUUAUUAUGUUGAUCUUCUUGAAUUAUUUAAUGAGGUGGAAUUCCAAACUGCCUCUGGACAAAUGAUAGAUUUAAUUACCACACUUGUUGGAGAGAAAGAUUUAUCAAAAUACUCAUUGUCUAUUCAUCGGCAGAUUGUCCAAUAUAAAACUGCUUAUUAUUCAUUUUAUCUCCCAGUGGCAUGUGCACUUCUUAUGGCUGGAGGGAGUCUUGACAAUCAUGUCAAUGUGAAGAACAUACUUAUCGAAAUGGGAAUAUAUUUCCAAGUUCAGGAUGAUUACCUGGACUGCUUUGCUGAUCCAGAGGUGCUGGGAAAGAUAGGCACAGAUAUUCAAGAUUUCAAGUGCUCAUGGUUGGUAGUGAAAGCCUUAGAACAAUGCAAUGAGGAGCAAAAGAAGUUAUUACAUGAGAACUAUGGAAAAGAUGAUCCUGCUUGUGUUGCUAAAGUUAAAGCACUUUACAAUGAUCUCAAACUUGAGGAUGUGUACCUGGAAUAUGAGAAGAAGACAUAUGAAAAGCUUAUCAACUCUAUUGAAGCUCAGCCAAGCAGAGCAGUGCAAGCAGUUCUAAAGUCAUUCUUGGCAAAGAUAUAUAAGAGGCAGAAGUAGGAGAUGAAUUAGUUAGUUUCAAUAUUUAAAGUUUUAGGAUUAUUUGUGGUUCUUUUUUUCCAUUUUCCGCCCGAUGCUCGGUACCCGCUUUGGGUCCCAAUCGAUCCGGAUUCACAUCGGGUAGUCCCACUUUAUGGGAAAGCGCUUCCUAGCAAAGACGACUCUGCUCGAACCUGAAAUUUCUAGUUAAGGAUGGAGUAAUACCACUCUACCACAACCUUUGGUGGUAAUUAUUUGUCCUCCUUCCAAUGAAGAAAACAUGUCUGUAUUUCAUGGAUUGUUCUCUACUUUAUUGUAUUGGCUUAUUUUUACAUGCUGA